GGCUGGGCGAUAAUUCGAUAACGAUAAUUUUCACGAUAUAAAUUUUCUCGAUAACACGAUAAUGACAGUUCGAUAAGCGCUCGAUAAUGUUUACGCACUAUACGUAACGCUGCGCACGCAUUUUGCAGCCUGCGCUUCUGGAUGCCACACGCAGUGUUAGUACUAUACAGCCAUACAGUGUCAGUUGCACGUGUUGGAGGAGUAAGAAAAAUGAGCGACAGUGAAGAAAAUGCACCGUCCACGACUAGCUCGCAGGUCACAGACUUAGUUGACAAGAAAGGUCACUCAACUUCAGUAGUCUGGAGCUAUUUUGGUUUUUUGCAAUCCGACACAAAACAGAGCGACGUGCACUGCAAACUGUGCAGACGACUCGUGCCAUCAAAAACAGGCAACACCACAAACCUCUUUCAUCAUUUAAAACAACGUCACCCUUCAGAAUACGAAGAUGCAAAGAAAUUACAGACCCAAACAAGUGUUGGUAAACGUCGUGGACCAUCUACAAGCAUCAGCGCAACUACCCAGCAGAGUCUCAUGUCGUCAUUUUCGAAAGCCGUGCCUUAUGAGAAAAAAACAAAAAGACAUGGAGACAUCACAAAAGCAGUUGCAUAUUGCAUUGCAAAAGACAUGCUUCCCAUUAGUCUUGUCGAAAAUGAAGGAUUUAGGAAUCUUAUCCACGUUCUUGACCCCAGAUACGAACUACCGGGCCGAAAACAUUUCUCGCAGACAGCGCUUCCACGGCUAUAUACUGAGUGUAGGGAGACGGUAGAGCGGCAUCUGCAAAAUGUACAAUUCUUCGCUACUACUUCGGAUAUAUGGUCCAGUCGCACAUCGGAGCCUUAUCUGAGCCUUACAGUUCAUUUUAUAGACGAAGACUGGAAUCUUCAGAGCAAAUGCCUUCAAACAGCUUAUUGUCCUGAAGAUCAUACAGGUGAAGUUAUUGCCCAAGGAAUGACUGAAGCACUCACCUCCUGGGGGCUGAGUGAAACCAGACAAGUAUGUAUCACAACUGAUAGUGGUGCAAACAUGGUAAAAGCUGCAUCGCUCAAUAAAUGGACACGACUUCAGUGUUUUGGACAUCGACUACACUUGGCUAUUGAGAAAGCGGGGAAGGACAAGAGGGUGGAACAGGCUGUCGGGCUGUGUAAAAAGUAG